AUGAAUUACCAUUCUAGCCAUCAUAUUAGACCCGAGGAGGAAAUAUUUGUUGAUAAGGGUAUACAAAAUGUACAGUUACGAAGAAAAAAUAAAAUGCUUAUAGUUACCCUGGCUAUAGUUUUAGGUAUGUUUGGUUUUACCGUCAUAUAUUUUAAUAGAACAAAUAAAUCAUCAUUUAAUAAUGGAAAUGUUGAAAAUUAUUCGAAUGAUGACUAUUUAAUAAAUUACUUAUUAAAAAGCAAAGCAGUAAAGAAAUUUAUGGGAUCUAAAAUUGAAGAACUUAUAGUAGAAAGUGAACAAAAUGAAAAGAAUAGCAUUAUCGUUAAAGAUAAUAAAAAUAAUGACUAUAACGAAAAAUCUGUAUUAUUUAAUAAAAAUAACGACAGCAAAUCAUUCACAACAAAUUUACAUGAUAUGCAAUCUAUUAUGAACAAUUUAGAAUCUGUGAACAUUUUUUACAAUUUCAUGAAAGAAUAUAACAAACAAUAUAAUUCAGCUGAAGAAAUACAAGAGAGAUUUUAUAUCUUUUCUGAAAAUUUAAAAAAAAUUGAAAAGCAUAAUAAAGAAAAUCAUUUGUAUACAAAAGGUAUUAAUGCAUUUAGUGAUAUGCGUCAUGAAGAAUUUAAAAUGAAAUAUUUAAAUAAUAAACUAAAAGAAAACCACAGCAUUGAUCUCCGACAUUUAAUUCCUUAUACUACUGCAAUUAGUAAGUACAAGUCUCCAACCGAUAAAGUUAACUAUACAAGUUUUGAUUGGAGAGAUUAUAAUGUUAUUAUAGGCGUUAAAGAUCAACAAAAGUGUGCUUCAUGCUGGGCAUUUGCUACCGCUGGUGUUGUCGCAGCCCAAUAUGCUAUUAGAAAAAAUCAAAAGGUUUCUUUAAGUGAACAACAAUUAGUUGAUUGUGCACAAAAUAAUUUUGGAUGUGAAGGAGGUAUACUUCCAUAUGCUUUUGAAGAUCUUAUAGACAUGGAUGGUUUAUGUGAAGAUAAAUAUUAUCCAUAUGUAAGUAAUGUUCCAGAAUUAUGCGAAAUUAACAAGUGUACCGAAAAAUACUCAAUUUCAAAAUUUGCAUUAGUACCAUUCAAUAAUUAUAAAGAAGCUAUUCAAUAUUUAGGUCCAAUCACAAUAGCUGUAGGUGUAGAUGAUGAUUUUGAAUCUUACAAUGGUGGUAUAUUCGAUGGAGAAUGUACAGAUUUUGCAAAUCAUGCAGUUAUGCUUAUUGGAUAUGGUGUUGAAGAGGUAUAUGAUAAGCGUCUUAAAAAAAAUGUUAAAGAAUAUUAUUAUAUAAUUAGAAACUCUUGGGGUGAAGACUGGGGAGAACGUGGUUACAUAAGACUUAAGACUAACGAAUCAGGAACACUCAGAAAUUGUGUGUUAGUACAAGGUUAUGCUCCUAUAAUUGAAUAA